UAAAUGCCAAAUGCCAAGUGCCAACACCUUUAAUCUUUACUAAUUCUUCUUUUUUGGAAAUAUAAUUAUUAAUUACCUAUUUCUAAAAUCUUAUUUAAAACCUCAGUAUGAGAUUAGAAUAGUUGUUAAAUCACACUACAUUAUAAUAUAACGUACAUUCCAUAGAAAUAAAACAAUAUUCUAUGUUACUUUAGUUUUCAAAAUGAUGCAGUUCAUGCUUUUAUUUAGUCGACAAGGCAAAUUACGCCUUCAAAAAUGGUAUGUAGCUCAUCCAGAUAAAUUAAAAAAGAAGAUCACCAGAGAAUUAAUCACCACAGUAUUGGCCCGGAAACCAAAGAUGUGCUCAUUUCUGGAGUGGAAGGAUGUCAAGGUUGUGUAUAAAAGGUAUGCAUCAUUGUAUUUCUGCUGUGCUAUGGAGCAAGAAGACAAUGAACUACUCACCUUAGAGCUUAUUCAUAGAUAUGUUGAACUUCUUGACAAGUACUUUGGAAGUGUGUGUGAGCUGGAUAUAAUUUUCAACUUUGAGAAGGCCUAUUUCAUAUUGGAUGAAUUGGUGCUUGGUGGAGAGCUUCAGGAGACAAGCAAGAAGAAUGUGCUGAAGGCUAUUGCUGCUCAGGACUUAUUGCAAGAGGACUUAAUCGAGGGACUCUGGCACUAACGUCUAAAGGUUAUAAACGCUUUUUUAUAUAGAACAAAAUAUCAUCCCACAGUAGAUACAUACAUACAUAGAGAUUGAAAAAAAAAGCGUUUAUAUUAAUUGCUUUUUGCUUACCUUUCGCAUGAGCUUUAAACUAAUUUAUUGCAAAUUGAUAACAUUAAUUUAAAUUUAACUAUGCAUUACUCAAAAAAAAAUUCUGGUUUUUGAAUGACCAAGUUAACAUUAGAGAAGAGAACUUCCUCAAUACAUUAUACAUCCACAAAAUAGUAUUAGGAGGCACCAUUACAUAUAGAAUUUAAUACACACUAGAUAUAGUAUAUCUUUAUUCGUUAUCUCAUAACAGUCUCAGAGUAAAUCAUUCAUAGAUAGUUAAGAUGUAGUGAUCUUAAUAGUAAUUUUAAAUCUUUAAUACAUUCAGGUCUUAUCGAGCUUAUAUUAAGUAGACCAACUAUAUUGUAUUCUUUGAGGCUUUCUAUACUAAGUAUAUUUGUUAAGGUUCUGUCGAGUUGUUUGUGUAUUUGCUUAUCUUGUGUAGCUUAGUUAAACCAUAUUAUUGUAUUUGUGACAUUGUUUUGCCUUUAUUGUUAGUAAAAUGGUAUUUCAAGGUUAUUUUUAAUUUAAUCUGCAUAUAUUAUUGUUUUGAUUACAAUAAAAUAAGUGUUACUUUAAAAUAAAGAUAGUUAUUUGGAAAAACAUGACUCUAAUAUUUAUAAUUACUAUGAAUCUACUUUGGAGCUUCUUACCAGAAGACGAAGUUAUUUAGUUAGUUUUUGUGACUUUAUCAGACAUUCGUGUGCUGUAACAGUAUAGUUAUUACACAAUGCAUAGAGAUAUAUAUAUGUAAUUUUAAAUCUUGCAGAUCUUAUUUUACGUAAGAAAAUAACAGUAAUUAUAGCCAAUCGUUACGUAUAUAACUCAUAGAAUCUUGUUAGUGGCUUGUGUCUCCAGUAGAAUAGUGUAUUACGCGGGAACGCGGUUUUUAUACUUGAAAUUAAUUACCUUCUGAAAUGGAAAAUUGAAAUACCAUCUAAGUAUAAAAAGCGAAACAAUGUCGUUACUCAAUGGUGGAUGUUGCAUUUAUGUAAUGGGUUGUUUUAAAUAUAUCGUUGAGAACUA